AUGAGAGUUGAAAUUGAAAGACAACAAGCAUUAGAAGGUAAUAAUAAUCUUACUGAGCCUGAAUUGCAGCUGUUAUUUACUUUACAACCAAAUGUAGAUCGAAGAAGAUACAAUUUCCAACGCGUUAACGAAGUUGCUGCUGUAUUUUCAACAACAGCAGACGGAGAAAUUCCAGAAUCGUAUGCAACGAUUAGAAACAAACGUACAAAAGAUUUAAAAUUUGUCAGCACAAUGAAUCCAAAUGUUGAACCUUGGAUAUAUCCGUUAUUUUACCCAUAUGGUACUCAAGGAUGGCAUAAAGAUAUAUUGCGGGUUAAUAGUGUCAAACGCGUCUCCAGAAUGGCAUAUUAUAGGCAUCGAAUGGCCAUAAGACCAGAUGAAUUUAAUCCUUUCAUUAUGGGUGGUAGAUUAUUUCAACAAUGGGUAGUUGAUAGUUACGUUAAAGUUGAAAAAGACCGAAUCCAAUAUUGUAAAGAUCAUCAAAAAGAAUUGAAAGCUGAUACUUACAAAGGACUCAGUGAUUACAUGCAAAAUACAGCUGAAGAAGUUGGCGGACAAGUAGGUAAAACCGUUAUUCUUCCAUCGUCGUUUACUGGAUCACCACGUUAUAUGCAGCAAUGUUAUCAAGAUGCUAUGGCCUUGGUAAAUGAAAAAGGUAAACCGGAUAUUUUUCUUACAAUGACAUGUAAUCCAAAUUGGCCUGAAAUUAAAGAAAAUCUUUUACCUGGUCAACAAACUUCUGAUAGACCAGAUAUUGUAGCACGAAUAUUUCACUUAAAGAAAGAACGAAUAAUUGAUUUAAUUGUUAAAAAAAAAUUUUUUGGUGAAGUGGCUGCUUAUGUUUAUGUAAUAGAAUUCCAAAAACGAGGUUUACCACACAUGCAUUUAUUGAUAACAUUAGCAAAUGGUUAUAAGUGGACCACUCCUGAAAUUGUUGAUAAAUUUAUAUCAGCUGAAUUUCCAAUUAAAGAAAAUAAUCCACAAUUAUAUGAUAUUAUUCUAAAACACAUGGUCCAUGGUCCAUGUGGUGAUUGGUGUAUGGAAAACGACAAAUGUUCUAAGAAUUUUCCAAAAAGUUUUCAAGAUGAAACUACUAUGGAUGAAAAUGGUUUUCCUAAUUAUCGUCGAAGAAACACAGGCUAUACACAUCAACGAUCUAAUGGUCAUCAAGUUGAUAAUAGGUGGAUAGUACCUCAUUGUUUGCAUUUAUCAGAAUUGUUCGAUUGCCACAUAAAUGUUGAAGCAGUAUCGAGUAUUAUGGCUGUAAAAUAUUUAUAUAAAUACAUAUACAAAGGUCAUGAUGCUGCAACAGUUGUUAUUCAAGAUUCUGAAAAUAGUGUAUCGAUUUAUCACGAUGAGAUUUACCGAUUUAUAAAUACUCGAUAUGUUGGUCCUGUUGAAUCAGUUUAUCGUUUAUUAAGUAAAACAUUACAAGAUAAAAGCCAUACUAUUAUAAGAUUACCUAUACAUUUACCCAAUCAUCAAUCCAUCAUUAUUUCAAAUAACCCUGUAACAUUAGAAACCCUGAAUAGUGCAAGUAGUAUGUUGUUAGAUUACUUCAAACUAAAUCUCGAAAAUGAAAUUGCAAGACAAUAUUACUAUUCCGAAAUUCCACAACAUUUUACACAUAUAAAGAAAAAAAAUGGCAAUAUAAGUAAAUGGAGUACUAGAAAGAAACACUUUAAUGUCAUUGGGCGCAUGUAUUCUAUCAGUCCAACCCAAUUAGAAUUAUUUCAUUUAAGAAUGCUAUUAUUGCAUGUAAAGGGAGCUGUAAGUUUUGAAAGCUUGAGAACCGUUGAUAACACAGUACACCCCACUUUCGUCGCAGCUUGCCUAGCGUUAGGACUGAUCGAAAAUGACGAAGAAUGGAAACUAGCACUAGAAGACGGAACUAAAUGGAUGAUGCCACAAAGACUGCGUCAUUUAUUUGUCCGAAUUCUCAUACAUUGCCAACCACUUAAUCCAGAAGAGCUGUGGAAUCAUUUCAAAAAUCCAAUGUCAGAAAAUUUUUCUCGUCACCACGAAGAAAGUAUAAGUCACAGAUUAGCCUAUUCUCACAUCAAUACCUUACUUAACAACGAAGGUCGUAGUUUAGCUGAUUUUCCUACAAUGGACCAAACAGUCGAUAUCGAAUUUUUGAUUCCAGAUCAAUCGAACGAAAAUAAUCCUUCAAAUGUUAACAGAACUGACAUAUCUUUAGAACAAAUGGCAAAUAUAGGACAGCAACGUUAUAAUACAUUAAAUCCUCAACAAAAAGAAAUAGUUGACAUAGUUUUCGAAGCGGCUCACAAUUUACAUUAUACAGGUCCUAGGUGCAUUUACAUGGAUGGUCCAGGAGGAUCGGGAAAAACGUACGUUUAUGAAACUAUAUAUUAUAAAUUAACUUCAGAGAACAUUAAAAUAUGUUCAAUGGCAUUUACCGGCAUUGCAGCUUCUUGCAAUGCAUUACUUCCAAAUGGAAAGACUGUACAUAAAACUUUUGGCUUACCAGUACCUCUGUUUCAAGAUUCUUCUUCUAAUAUCAAAGCACAAUCUCAAGAAGCUCAAAUAUUAAGAGAAACUGAUGUAUUUAUUUGGGAUGAAAUUUCAAUGGCUCCGAGAUACGCAUUAGAAAUCGUAAAUAAAACUUUACAAAAUUUUAUGGACAAUAAUUUGCCAUUUGGAGGAAAAAUUAUAAUAGUAGGAGGAGAUUUAAAGCAAUUGUUGCCAAUUAAAGUUCGAGGAACUCGAAGUGAAAUAUUAAGCCUUUGCGUUGUAUACAGUAAAGUUUGGAAAUACUUCACCAAAUUUUCACUACCUGCAAACAUGAGAGUUUUACCAAAUGAAAUAGAAUUUUCCAAAUUUUUAUUAGAUAUUGGCAAUGGAACAUUGAAUGAUCAAAAUGAUUGUGUAAAUCUUCCUGAACAUUGUAUACUUCCACCAACUUCUAACAUAAUUGAUGAUACAUUUGGUAUAUUAAUGAAAGAAAACAAGUUCCAAGAUAUGUGUAAAUGCGCUAUAUUAUCGGCUAGAAAUGUUGACGUAGACGACAUUAAUAAACAAAUUACUAACUUAUUAAAUAAAGAUUCUGAACGUAUAUACACUGCCAUCGAUGUCGUUGUUAAUAACAAUGGUGAAUUAGACGAUCUUAUUUUACCAGAACAUUUGCACAAUUUAAAUCCAACAAGUUUACCUCCUCAUGAAUUACGCUUAAGGCAAAAUCGUAUUAUAAUGCUCAUCAGAAAUAUCAGUAUUAAUGAAGUACUAAAAAAAAUACCUGGUGGAAAUGGAAAUAAUUUUCUUGGCACCUCGCGAAAUAAGCCAAACGGCAACAGUGCGCAUACGCAUCCGCCUUCGCCUUUGCCUUUAUCUGCGAAUCCAACGACAGGUUACUCUGACUCGGUUAAAGGCCCAUUUCAUGUUUGGGUUAAGUACAGUGCACCUUCAGAUAAACCUUUUGACAUUUAUAAAGUUGGCAAAGUUGUUUAUCAUGAUGGAUAUAAAUCCAUUAUUGAAGUAAAAAGAGAUGGCAGAUCCAAAGGCCUAAUUAUUUUUCGUAACAGAGAUGAAGCCAAUAAAUCGUUAACAGAUAGUAAUUUUAGUAACCACGGUCUCACUGCUUCUAUCCCCAGUUUUAAAAAAAUACGCAAAGGUGUCCUCAAGGGAGUUCCUAUUGACCAUGACGUUGAAGAUCUCAAGAGUGCAAUAAAAUGUGAAAGCAAAGUAAUUGAAGUUACUCGUUUGAACGCAAGGAACAGACACCCUACGUCUGAAAGCGAUAAGUGGAUUCCUACUACAUCGGUUUUGGUCAGCUUCGAGGCUGACAUGUUACCUGCUGAAAUUGCUAUCCACCACGUUGUUACGAAACAACAACAACCUUACCAACAGCAACUUCAACAACAACUACAAUGCCAACAAUCCUAUCAGCAUCAACAACCACAACCACAAAUACAAGUACAAUUGCAACAGCAACCACAGCAUCAACAGCAACAGCAGCAGCAACUCCAGCAGCAACAGCAGCAACGUCAGCAACAUCAGCUUAAACAACGACAACCGCCGUCGACCAAAGUGACGGAUGAACUGUUCAACAGGUUUAAGAUUAGUAACAACAAAGACGACACAAAUAGUAAUAAGAAUGUUGCCGAUUCUAAAGCAACUAAAUCUUUUGUAUCAGCUAAAGCUAGGUCUUCUAGGAAAACUAAUUAG